AUGACCCAACCUGAAGAUCCUAGAGCCGCGAAUCGUGCUCGCUUCGAACUCGAACUCGAGUUUGUUCAAUCCUUGGCGAAUCCGUUUUAUCUCCAUUCUCUCGCUCAACAGAACAUCUUAAACCAACCUGCUUUCGUGAACUUUCUCAAGUAUCUGAUGUAUUGGAAGGAGAAAGACUAUGCACGCUUCAUUCUCUACCCACACGCACUGCAUCACCUAGAGCUGUUGCAACAUGCGCAGUUUCGGUCGGAAAUAGGCAAAGACGAGUGGAGGGAAUACCUGAAUCAGAAGCAGUUCGAUCACUGGAGAACAUGGCGUGAGCCAAAUCGAGCCGCUGCGGCGCAGCCCACUGACCAGCAAGCCAUACCUGAAGGCCAAGAGCAGGGUCAGAAUGCUUUAUCAUGA